GCAAGUGCGAUCACGAUGGAUGCCGCUCACACGCCGCCACCGUGGGUACACGAGUCACGCAGCACAGUCACGACUCGACAAAUGGGAGGUUGAGAAGGCGAGGCAGCAGCAAAGACUUGCUGCCGCCCGAGCUGUUGCUGUGCAGCUUGUUCUCCCUUCAACGAAGGAAUCACCGUUUACCGUGGAAGCCGCGACUCCUUUGCACGCCAUGGGCCAAUACGUCAAACACACGGGUGAAAAGCUUUUUCCCGUGGUUGGUGCAUCUAUCACAACCCACGAGAACCCCGACCAAGCGCAAAUUUGGGAUCUGUCCCGUCCGAUCCCGGAGAACACCCGUAGCGUACACUUGCAUUCAUUUGACGAUGCUUCCAUGAAGUCCCUCUUCUGGCAUUCGUCUGCACACGUCCUUGGUGCGGCGCUAGAGGCCAAGUUCGGUGAUGACGUUUUUCUAACGGACGGUCCAGCACAGCAGGACGGGUUCUUCUACGAAAUGUUCCUCGCGAACCAGCGCACAGUGUCGGAAGCCGACUUUGCCGACGUGGAAGCGCACAUGACGCGUUUGAUCAAGGAAAAGGCGCCGUUCGAGCGCCUGGAAGUGUCGCGCGACGUCGCGAGGGACCUCUUUUCGUACUCCAAGUUCAAGUGCCAAAUGCUGGACAAUAUCCCUGCGACCGAGGCUGUGACGCUAUACCGAUGUGGCACGUUUGUUGACUUGUGCCGUGGGCCUCAUUUACCGCACACAGGUACGUUUGCAUGCUGUCGUAUCUGUCGUACCUGUCGUGGUCUCUUCCGGGAACGAUCUCGGAAAAUGACGGCAAUGCGCCGCGUCCAAAGCGGUGGACGCGGCGCCAGGUCCUUGUCCUUCCAACAGCAUCUCCGUUCUUGCGAACAACUCAAGCAUCUCGCAAUGAUCUGAUUGAGCUACACGUGGAACCACACUUUCUGUCACUUCGUCGUCUGCUUUGGUCUAGGCGACCGUUCUGUAUACUUGGUUUCUUGUAGGCAUGCUCCAGUCGAUCGCGCUGACACGGUGUGGCGCGUCGCAUUGGAGCCAUGGACCGGAACUCCUCCAGCGCAUCUACGGCAUUGCAUUCCCUGACAAGGCGCGUAUGAAAGAGUGGAAGAUGCUCCAGGAAGAGGCCAAGAAGCGAGAUCAUCGCGUGCUCGGGAAACAGCAGGGCCUGUUUCUAUUUCACCACUGGAGUCCGGGCAGUUCGUUCAUGCUACCCCACGGGACGCGCAUCUUCAACAAGUUGAGCGAGUUCAUUCGGCAAGAGUACCGCCGUCGCGGCUACGAUGAAGUCGUGACCCCCCUCAUGUUCAAGCAGGAAUUGUGGGAGACUUCCGGCCACUUUGAAAACUACAAGGACGAUAUGUAUCUGGUGACUCCUGGCAUGGACCACCACCACCAUGACGAUGCGCACGGCCACUCGUGUGGACAAGACAAGUCUGUAUCUGGUGCAGCCGUUGACGCAACCCAUUCUGGCGGUGCCGUGGCCGAAGUGUUUGGCCUCAAGCCCAUGAACUGUCCUGGUCACUGCAUCAUGUUCAAAGAGUCCAAAGUGUACUCGUACCGCGAACUACCGAUUCGAUUCGCCGACUUUUCCGCGUUGCACCGGAACGAAGCGUCGGGCGCGCUGACUGGACUGACUCGUGUGCGUCGCUUCCACCAAGACGACGCUCACAUUUUCUGUCGCCCCGAUCAAGUUCAAAGCGAAAUUCAAUCGUGUUUGGGUUUCAUCCAACACGUGUACGGAGUGUUUGGAUUUGAUUUCAAGCUGCGCCUGUCGACUCGCCCAGCCAGCUUUAUGGGUGAUGUUGCCCUUUGGGACACGGCCGAAGCCCAGCUCCAAACUGCGCUCGACUCGUUUGACAUGCCGUGGACGUUAAACGCAGGGGAUGGUGCGUUCUACCGCCCGAAAAUCGAUAUUGCCGUGUUUGAUGCCCUCAAGCGGGAACACCAGUGCGGCACGAUUCAGCUGGAUUUCCAGCUCCCGCUUCGAUUUGGUCUCAAAUACGAUGGCAACGAUGGGAAAGAGCACACGCCGAUCAUCAUCCAUCGCGCCGUUUUGGGCUCCAUCGAGCGCAUGAUGGCCAUCUUGAUCGAGCACACCGGUGGCAAAUGGCCUCUCUGGCUCAACCCGCGCCAGGUGGCGGUGCUGCCAGUGACGGACGACCAACUCGAGUAUGCCAACCACGUCCAUUCGACGCUGCACAACGACGCCAAGUUGUACGUGGAUGUUCUGAGCGGCGGCAAGACGCUCAACAAACGCAUCCGGGACGCCCAAGUUGCCGGCUACAACUACAUUCUAGUCGUGGGCACGAACGAAGUCCAGUCGGGACAGGUCACUGUCCGCACGAGGGACAACGUUGUACAGGGCGCGACGCCACUGGCGUCGUUUGUCCUGCAUUGCCAGCAAGAGGUGGCACAGAUGACGUAGACGACGUCAAUUACCACGAAAGACGUUUGUGGCGAUGGGUCCGUCCAAUUGAGGUGGUUUACAAUCAUGGGCUCCUUCUACGAGCCACUGCUGGGCAAACCGGCCACGACAAGUUGAUGCAGUGCCCGGUUGCCGUCCCAUCCGCCAAACAUAAACAAGUGGGGACCCACCACGGUGCAAGUGUGUCCGUAACGAUUUGGCACAGGCACUCCCGUGCCCAGUGGGGACGACCACUCCAUCGCAACGCAAUCAAAUACGUGAACAUACUUGGACUUGGCCAAGUCAGCUUUGAACGUCUUGACGCUGACGUCGGACCCACUUUGCAGGCGCUAUCACACAGCAACGUCGUUUUCAAACUAUUCCUUGCGCCACCGUUGUGGAGACACUCGGAUAGAAUGGGCAGGCAAGUCCAACGAGUUAUGCUACGAUGUGCAGCA